AUGUAUGAGAGGUUAACAAAAGGUCAGGAAACUUGUGGUAACAGCGUCGGAAAUUACAACAACAACAUUAAUAACCAUAGCAUCAAUAGCGAUUACAAUAAUAAUAAUAAUAAUGUUAACAGCAUCAAUGCAGACAGUGAUGACAGCAGUGGAGGAAGUAGGUUGAACACAGGUGCAGAUGACACAUACAUUCCUCUUAAUGUGCAGAGAACUGUGAACUUUCCCAUGAAUGCUAAAACAUUUACACCGCCACCUCCUUUACCUCCCAUCGGAAAUGACUGUGUGAAGAAGGGAGAGCUGCUAAUUUUGAAUGUGCUCAACCGUGAAGUUACCCACAAAAAAGUAAAUCCCGACCUGACUAGUGUUAUUGCUAUAUUGUUCACAGAUCAUCAGAUACUUUAUGUAAAAGCUUUAGUUAAUCAUCUGCAAAAUUCAGCGCAAUUGAAUGGAAUGCAGAAGAACUGUCUCACCCGCUUAACGGAUAUAACAUUUUAG